AUCUGUUGGCAACGCUGAUUCAUAAGAGAGAAUGGAAACAUCCGAAUCCGGCUUGAACUGCGUGUACUGGUAUGUAUGGACGGCAGUUUUGCUAAAUGAACGACUUUUAUGAAGAAACAGUCUUCUAUGUAAUAUGAAACGAAGAAAAUUAGUCAAUCCCUAACCAUGCAGUGUCUAUAGUCACGCAAUUAACUUCUUAGUGAUAACAGCCUAAUAUAAAUAGAAUUUUUUUAAUAAGACGGCAUGUUUGUAAGAGUCUGGUUGCGAAUUCUCACGGGGCAUGAAUGAGGAAGAAUUAUUGAAACGGUCUGCUGCAGAGCGAGAUAGAAUAUUUAGCUGCUAUGACCGUGGCAGAGAAAAUGGAGCAGAAAUUGAUUCAUGGGAAGAUCCUGCAUACGAAGUAUACCAUACAACAGACAGAUAUGGAUUUAUACAUGACAAACGAUUGCCACAAAAGCCGGACCCGAAUGAAAUUAAAUGUCAUCGGGUGGAAAUGGAAAGACUAAAAAAAUGGGAAAAAAUGACAAAACAGUGGGAUAGUUCUUCUACAAAAGAAAAAAUACGACGUAGGGUAUAUAAAGGAAUUCCUAAUAGAUUUCGUGGUCAAGUUUGGGCAUUGCUUUUGGGAAUAAAAAGUUUAAAAAGAGAGCAAGCCGGUAAAUAUGAUGAAAUGUUACAACUUGCGCGUCAGUGGUCUACUGAAAUAAGACAGAUCGAUGCUGAUGUAGCUAGACAAUAUAGAGAUCAUAUCAAUUAUAGAGAGAGAUAUAGUAUAAAACAACGAUCCAUGUUUUAUGUCUUGGCUGCUUAUAGCAUGUAUAACAUGGAAGUAGGCUAUUGUCAGGGAAUGUCUGUAUUAGCUGGAUUACUUUUAUUAUAUAUGGAUGAAGAGGAUGCAUUUUGGGGUCUUUCUGUAUUGCUGGCUGAUAAGAAGUACACUAUGCAUGGAUUUUAUGUUGAUGGAUUUCCAAAACUGAAUCGUUUUAUUGAACACCAUGAUAAAAUCAUGAAUAAGUUUUUGCCAAAAUUAAAACGGAAGCUUGAUAAAUGUGGCUGCGAUUCCAUUCUUUACGCAUUAAAAUGGUUCUUUGUUGUUUUUCAAGAAAGGACACCCGUCAGUCUGGGUCUUCGAAUUUGGGACAUAUUUUUAUUAGACGGCGAUCGUAUUUUACCGGCAAUGGCAUACACGAUCAUGAAAAUGCAUAAACGUUUUCUUAUGCCAAUGGAAAGUCUAGAUGAGUUUUGUAAUUAUUUGCAAAUCAAACUCGAAAAAGAUUUUUGUUUUGAUGAUGACACAGUAAUAAGUACUAUGGAACGUAGUAUGGAAGAAUUAAAACGUUCUAAAUUGGAUUAUCCUGGUCCAGCCUUACCACACGAAUUACCACGGUUUCCAUUUGGUACAUUCAAAGAACCUUCAUUUGCAAGCAAGGUUGGAAGACGAACAGAAGAAUUUAGUGAAGCACAGCAUGCAAUGCGAGAAUCUAUAACACAACGUAGGGAUUUAGUGAUCGCCGAAGAUGGUAGAGAAAGUACAACUCCAGUUGAACCAACUGAUUGUGGUCUUGGCGGAAGCAAAUUCUCACUUGAUCCGAAUCUUGACGAUGGAGCCUCUCCCAAUGGCUCGCGACGGUCAUUGGCAGACACGUCUGUAACCUCGACAGCCGACCUUUCCGUAUUUAGUUCGGCAACACGGUGUCAAGCGUUAGACAAUAGUCUCGAUACUCAAAGUAAUAUUUCAAAUGCUAGCUCGGGCAGCGGUGGCUUACCUACGCCCAAAGCAACACCUCCUCAACCGAGUCCAGAUGUUGUACGAAUUUAUGUAUCAUAUAGUUCACCCAUAUCUGAUUCAUACAAAGAUGAUCUUCCACGUACACUCCCACGGUCUUUAGAGACCAACAGGAUUCGUAUACGAGUCGAUCCCGAUCAAACGCCAAUAGUGGAAAAUCUCAAACCAUUUUCAUUAGAAAGUUCGGAAAUUGAAUUGGACUUGAAAUAAUUUAUUCUCUUAAAAAGCAAAACAUAAUUCCAUAUGCAAAAAAAAGUUCAUGAAAUUGAUAGUUGCGGGUAAACUAAACCAGACGGUUCUCUUAGAUUUUAAUGAUAGGUUGUAUGCGUGUAAAUUUUAUUCUAUCAAUGCAAAACAAGAAUUAUAAAUGAUUGUACACAUAAAUGAUUUACAUUUAUUGAUUAAGAUAUUGAGUUACCAAUUAUUGUCAAACUAAAAACUACAAGAAAUUGCAGAAUAUUCUUUUCAUGUUUCUUAAGAUAUUUUAAUUUUUACAUUCAUUAAAAAAAUGAAAUUUUGUUUUCAAAUUUUUAAAUUCCACUUUCUAUGGGUCACCGUACAAUAAAGACAAUUUUAAAUCAGCUGCCUUAUUAACUUAAUGUUGUAAUCCUAUAUAUGUCGCUUCUUAAACAAAAUAUUUAUGCAUAUGUGUAUCCUGCAUCGGUAGAAUAAAAUUUAAGAUCAAAAAUUUCAUUAAAAUUUGUUUGCAUCAACUAGAUACUCCUUGGUAUUAAACACUGAUUUAGAUGAACAGAAUUCUAAAUCUGUACUGUAUUAUAAAUUCGAAUAUGCACAUACUAUUGCCUUUUUCUUUAAAGUAGUAAUUAUGGAAUUAAUGAUAAACGUGAUAUAUCCUGAUAUUUCUUGUUCGAAUAUAAAUCAGUGUAUGUUAUGUGCACUAGUCACGAAAAAUUAUAGCAGUUCGUGCUUAAUGAGACUUCUACACUUUUGCAAUGGCCUAAUUUAUGUUCAUAGGGAAAAUAGAAACAGUUGAAACUUAUGCUAUAGAGAAUUAUAAUUUUCAGUCCAUUAUUUCUAAUUAACAAUCAAUGAGAACUUGAAUAACGAAGUUAUAUUCGUGUUCCUUAUUGAUUAAUUAUAAAAAUAAUUGCAUAAUAUUUAUCAUGUGUCAAAUUAUAUCGUACGAAAUUAUACUUAACAAUAAUAAGAAGAUGAUGGAACUUUAUGCAAAGGAAAACGAAUAUAUAUUAAAAUAAACUGUAAUAUGUAGUAAAAUAUCUAAAGUGACGAAAUUUUAAAGUAUUAUAUGAAUAUAUUAUAUGUAAGGCAUUGCAACAUUACGAAUAGGAGUAUAAACAUUUAACAUAAUGUAUAGAUAAUUUCUGUAAAAUAUGUGUUUCUAAAUCGCUCCAUUUAACAAACACCAUACAAAAUAUUUUGAAACCUACUAUAAAUUGGCCAUUAUAUAUACAUACGAAUAUGAGUCAAUUUUUCAUAGUAAAUAUAAUACUAAAAUCAAUAUUUUUGUUACAACACUAUAAACAUAUAAAAUCUUUUGAAUAGUUAUUAUUAUAUUUUCAGUAUUGUGUAUACUUCUCUGAAAAUUUCUAUAACUAUUGCAUAUGUCUUAAAUGAGUAUACAUAAAGUUCCAUACUCUAGAAAUAUUUAACAAGUAAUUAACCACACAUUAUAGGUAUCUUCUGUAAUGCAAACAAAAACAGAAUUAUUUUCUUUAGUUGAUUAUAAAUAGAUGAAAAUCAAAAUGUUAUUGUUUUAGAAAUUAAUUUCAUGUAAAUUUCAAAAGUAGUACAUACAUUCAGUACUACUACUACUUUCACCACUGAAACUUGCAACAUUCUUUAUCUCUCUUCAGAUAUUUUCACCGGAUUAACUUGUAUAUUGCUGAUAUAAUUUAAGGAUCCUAAAGUGUCUAAGACGAUUCAUUAAUCACUUAUUUUAGGUAAGAUCAUGAGUUGGUGACAUAAUUUAAUAUAAUUUUGAUAAUUAAUAAAAAAUUUUAAGAUUUUAGUUGAUAGAUUGAAUGAUUAUUAUAAAAUAAUAAUCAUAUUUUUCAAAAGUUACAUUCUAGAAGUACGUUAAGUAUUAUACUGCCACAGUACUAUUAGUCCUUUUUUAUCUUAAGUUUUGCUUCUUUUUAUAAAGAUAAACGACAUAUAUACCAUUGUAUAUACGUAGCAUUUACCAAGGAAGGCAAUCUUUCAUUGCAUAUUACUUGGAGAAGAUGUCUAAAAUAGAAAAAACUCAUUGUCAGAAUUUUUGCUGUGGAAUGUGAAUAUUGAACAGUCUUCUAAUAUGCAACAAUAUUUAUUGUUUAAAUGUACAAAAAGCCGUUUAGGUAAACGUAAUUGUAAUAGAAACAUGCUUUUUAAUCUAUUGGUUCUGUAAAACAUUCCUAAUCGUACAGUAUUCCUCGAUGUAUAUAGAAUAUAAAACCUAUGGCUAUCAACCUGACAGCAAUCACUUGUUAUAUCUAAUAUAAUAAGGUAAUAUUUGUUAAAUAAAUAUUAAAUGUUAAUGAUUUGAGUCUUUAUUGCAUUGUAAAGGAAUUCAAGCACACAAUGUACAGUUUUAUGGUAACUCUUUCUUGUGGUUGCAUGACACUAAAUUUUUCAGAAUGUGAAAUACAUUAAUUAAAAUUGUAAGUCAAAUAUGGAAUUGUAAAAGUAUAACAAAAAUCCAAUACAAAUUCAGAGAAUUACAUAAAUUUAGAAACAUACAUUCCUUUGUGCGACAUUCAUCUCUUAUUUGUUAAUUUUUAAGUCUAUAUAUUUUAAAUACUACCUUUAUACAUUUACCUUUCGUAUUGAAUUUAAUGUAAAGUGUAAACUUCUGUCAAUUACAAACGUCACAAAUGCUCCCACGUGGUUUUUAGUUACGUUGAUAAUGUACAAAAAUGGUAAGAAAUUAUAAAAUUUCUUAAGAUACUUUACUUACUUUUUACAAACGCUUAUAUUGCAAUAUCAAAGACAAUUAAUUUUAGUACGUUCGCGUAAUAAAAAAUUAUUAAUUUUCUAUUCCUUUGCUAAAACAAAAAAUUUACUACUCAAAUAUUAAUGAAAAAUAAAUAGAUUCAAUAACAAAUACUACCUAAAACUUCAUCGAAAGAUAAUACUAACGAAAAAUUGGCCUCUGUGCCGUAAUAUGAUGGGUAUAAUUGUGUAUAGUAGUAAAUGUUCUCCUGUAAUCUGAAGGUGAUAAUUUGUUUUAAAUUAGAUUAUGAUAAAUGUAACUUCAGCAAAGAGAUUGCAAUGUCUUUAUUAAAUCAGAGAACGAAACAGCGCUACAUAUAUGUAAUUGCUUAUAGUACAAGGUUUUUUUAUUUAAAAAUAACAUAUUGAUUGUUUUGUUCAUUAUUCACAUUCGUCUUGUAUCACUAUAUAGAUGAAUUGAAGUUCAAAUGUAAUACCUGAUGAAACAUUUAUGUAAUAUUUAAAAUUGUAGUUCAAGUGGAUAUUUUUUUUAUACAAGAAUUAAAAAAAUAUGCGAUAUAGUAUAGGCUUUUGUGUAUUAUUCAUAGGAUAUUUAGAAAGAAAGACGAAAUCUAAUGACGCAAUACUCAUAUAACUCUCAAUGCCUGAUAAACCACGUUGUAUAUUGAUUGAAAUCAUCGAAAUAGUAAAUAAAAAAUAUGAAUUGAACAUUUGUUUCUUUUCAGAAGUUCUUCUUAUUAACCAAUAUUCAGCUAUUCAUUUUUUUACAAAAUCACUUUUAUUUUAACUAGAAUUUAACUUCUAAAUGUUUAUUUUUAAAAUUACGAGAACAUCACAGGUGUAUCUAUAGUUACCAAUUAUUAAUUUUACACGGCGAGGUUCAAUACGUAUGUAAUUCAUUGAAAAUAUCCACGAACCCUAUUGUCACAAAUAUAAAUUUAAUUUUUUCUGUACUGUACUGUCGUUUAUAUUUGUUUAUACAUAUCUCCUAUGAGUACCAACGUAUAAAUACCGCAGAAAAUACUGGUUUCGUAUAUCUAAAAAAAAUAGAUAUUUUAGUAUUUAUAUAAUAAUGUUAAAUAAAAAGAUUCUGUUCAAUUUUCGAUAUAAAACAUAUUUAUCAGUGACACAUAAAACCAAAAGGAAAAUAAACAUAUGUAAUAGUUGGUAUAAUUGCCAUUAAAAUCAACUUUCAAUGAAUAUGCAAUAUAAAUGCAAAUGUAGCAUACUAAUAAAUUUACUAUAGGGUAAAAAAUAUGUAACACAAAAUUGAUUUCUCUGCUGGCCUCUCGAAUACAAAUUAA